CUCCCUCACUUCUCUCUCUUCUUCUUCUUCUUCUUCUUCUUCUUCUUCUUCUUCUUUCCCCCCAAGAACCCUAAACCGGUUUCUUCUUCCUCUGGAUUGGCUUGUGCUCGUCGAAGGAGAAAAUCCAUCAUUCGGAUCGAUAAAAGGAAAUCAAUUUCUCAUACCCAGAUGAGUCUGGUGCGAACCCUCGAUGGAAAGAGAAGUGAUAAAUGGAUGGAGACGCUGCUGAGUUCGGAGUUCUUCGGGGAGUGUACGGAUCAUAGGUAUCUUAGGAAGAACGAGAAGAACGUGUUCUGUAUGGACUGCAGUGUCGGAAUCUGCAGACAUUGCGCCGAUUCUCACUGUCUCCAUCGCCGUAUUCAGAUCUGCAGAUACGUUUACCAUGAUGUUCUUCGCCUUCACGACAUUCAACCCUACUUUGAUUGCUCUGAAAUCCAGACAUACAAAAUAAAUGGGGAAAAGGCAAUACAUUUGAAUUCAAGGCCACAAGCAAAAGAUGCAAAGCCCUCAACCAAAUCUAAGAACGGAGCUUCAUGCGAGACUUGUCGAAGAUACAUUCAAGAUAUUCCCAAUCGUUUUUGUUCUAUCUCCUGCAAGACGGCGUCGUUUUCGAUAGGGCAUGGAUAUUAUUCUCCUCACAAGACCGAAUCCUCUAAUCCAGAGGGAAGUAUUGAGGAGAAAAAAUCGUGUACAUCGUCGCUCACGGAUGUCUCUAAUGAAUCAGAAAAUCUAUUUAAUCAUUUUUCGUUUAGAUCGCAUAAGAGAUUACGGGCGAGGAAAGGCAUUCCCCAUCGUUCUCCUUUGUUUUGAGUUUUUUUUUUUGUCCAUCGUUUUGGGAUUUUGUUUUGCCAUUAAAAUUGUAUUUUUUUAAAUGAUGUUAUUAUAUAUUUAAAAGCAAUAAUUAGAAAGAGAACAAUGAUGCGUAUGAAUGAU